CAAAGGCAUCCCUCCUUGUUGAAAAUUCCUAAUCGGAAGUUAUUAAAGCUUAAAUCUUUUUUGUUUUUUGUUUUUUGUUUUUUGGGUGUGUGUAAUUGGUUUGUAAUGUGCAGCAGAGAUUGGUGCCUGUGAAAGCCGAGCAAGCAAAUCAGCACAAAAUUCGAAGACGCGGACUCGAGACAAUAACGGCAGCGAAGCGAUGGCUGCUGAUCUCUUACGACGGAACAAGCCAAUGAGGAAGUUGAUAACUCGAACCUCACCACUUGUCCUGUUGGAUAUGACGAGAUCACUAGCGAAGCUUACAAUAUUUUAAACCGUGAUUAUUUCAGUAGUUUACAUUUGAACGACUACUCCCCAGCCUUUUUUUAAGGAAAGUUUAAUAUCAGUUCAACGAUGGCGCCAGGAGCAUCUUAUGGACUUGCUGCCUACUACUUGAACACAAAGCUGGCACUUACUGGAGGUGUUACUACUGAUGGUAGACUAACUGCGACAGUGAAAUACGCUAUAACUGAUAAGUUGACUGUGACGGCAGAUACAAAGCCUCUAAACUACAGAGCUCAAUUUCAACUCGGGAUCAAUGGCCUAACUGCAGCAACAUAUAUCCAGCGUGUGACACCCUGUCUAUCUUUGGGUGGUGAGGUCUUUUGCACCAAUGUGCCUCAAAAGUCCGGUGUGGGUACGAGACUGAUAAGAUGGUUGCAUCUGGGCAAGUGUAAUGUAUUUAUGACCUAUGUUCAUAAGAUUUCAAAGAAGGUUUCACUCGCCACUGAUUUUGCGUACAAUAUCUUUUCAAGAGAUGUUAAAGCUAGUGUUGGGUAUGACUGCAAUUCUGAACAGUCUCGUGUCCAGGGAAAGAUUGAUUCUAACGGUGUUGUAUCUGCACUUCUUGGAAAGGAAUUAUAUGUGGGACUCGAGUGUCUUCUUUCUGCAAAUUUGGAUCAUAAGAACAAGGAUUACAAGCUUGGUUUGAGCUUAGCAUAUGGCUCACCAGUCACCACUCUCUUCGUGAAAUAGUUACUAAUCUUUCUAAGGAAUAUUUUUUGUCAACUCUUUCCUUUAAUUGUAUAUAUUUAUAUUUUUUUAAUUAGACUAAUAUAAGUAGAUCAUGCGUACAAGUGAUUAUGUUAUAUUAU